ACGAUAGCUCUUCGCAAUCAUUGCCGAUCCAGUUAUGAGGCUGAUAAUAAUACUGAUAUUCACGGUUAUCGUUACUUCCACAUCGAAAAAAAUUUUGGGGAUCUACAGUCAUCCGGGUAAAAGUCAUCACAUUUUUGGGUCGAUCAUUCUGAGAGAAUUAGCCAAAAGGGGUCAUGAGGUAACUAUGGUCAGCGCCUAUCCGCUUAAAAAACCUAUUUCGAAUUACACCGAUAUAUAUUUGGAUGGUUUCCUGGAGGGAUUAGACGAUCAUGACGGAGUCUACUUGGAGAUGGAAAAAAGCCCCUACCACAACAUGUACUACGUGCUACAAAUGAUAUCUUACUUCACAUCCAAGACGUUAUCCCACCCAAAGAUCCAACAACUGGUCGAGUCUGGACAAAAUUUUGACCUGAUAAUAAUGGAUUCCUUCUGCAAAGACGCUGAAUUAUAUUUUGGCCACAUCUUCAAAGCGCCUAUCAUCCUCACAGCAUCCUUCGGGACUCAGAACUUCAUCAAUUAUAUUUUGAAUAAUCCUGAACCCGCUGCUUAUGUGCCAGGUUCUGGAACAGCGUUCACUGACGAAAUGGGAUUUAUGGAAAGACUGGAAAACGUUAUUUACUCUUGGUUCAUAUUUGCUUGCUUGCAUUACAACGCGAUACAGCAGAAGAGGAUUUUGCGGGAUUAUUUUGGAAAUGUGCCCAGUGUGGAUGACUUGAGGUCCAACAUAGCCCUGGUUUUCGUAAAUUCGCACCCCGUUUUCGAGACACCAAGGCCUAAUUUGCCAAAUAUCGUAAGUGUUGGAGGAAUCCAUGUGGAAGAUGCAGAGCCAUUACCUAAAGAUUUACAAGACUACAUGGAUAACUCAAAAGAGGGUGUGAUUUUCUUCUCAUUGGGAUCUCACAUGAAAAUUUCGGUUCUACCUAACGAAACGGCGUUAGGUAUCAUCAGGGCACUUUCAAGGUUACCACAAAAUGUUCUUCUCAAGUGGGAGUUGGACCAACUACCUAUAGUUUCGGACAACAUUAUAACGAGAAAAUGGUUUCCACAGAGGAGUAUCCUGAGUCAUCCCAAUUUGAAAGCCAUCGUCACUCAUGGGGGUUUGAUGACAAAGAUAGAAGCAAUUCAUUAUGGUGUUCCUAUGGUAGGUAUCCCAUUAUUUGGUGACCAAAAAAACACCGUAGCCCACUCAGUUUCUGAAGGAAUUGCCAUCCAAAUACGUCUAGGGGAACUUUCUGAAGAAACACUUUAUAAUGCUAUAACUGAAAUCAUCAGUAAUAAAAGCUACCAAUCUAAUGUUGAAAUCAGAUCAGAAAUUUUGAGGAACCAGCCCAUGAAACCCAUCGAUGUCGCCAUCUACUGGUCAGAACACGUAAUGAAAUUCAACGGAUCGAAGCAUCUGCAGAACAAAGGAAUGAGGUUGUAUUGGUUUCAGAAUAUGCUUCUGGAUGUAACAGUUUUCUUCGCUGUCGUUUUUGGGGUCAUUUCCUGGCUACUGAUCAAGAGUUUUCUUUGUAUAUUUCGUCUACUAGAUGGAAAAGGAAGUACCGGAAAGAAAAUGAAAACUCAAUGAAGGAUUUGUCGAACCUCACAGAUUUUCUGCAAGAUUUGAAAACAGAUAAAACCAAUGUGAUUUUUGUUAAACUGAAGGUUUCUUGGAAGCUUGUUAUAUAUUCCGGAAAAUGUAGGAGUAUAUUUUCCAAUUCGAUCAUAAAAAGGAUACAUUAGAUGAAUUUCUUAGAUAUCAAUUCUGAAAGGAUAAGAAUAUCUGAUUCAAUGAAAAUCAGUAGAAUAUACAUAUAAUAAAUGAAAAAUUGGUGGA